UUCACUCACCGAAUUAAUAGCGUAUUAUCGUUACGUAUUAUCAUUACAAUCAGAACACUGCGGAUUAUACCAGCGUUUAGUAAUUUUAAGGACUUUUAAAAAUGGCUAUGCUUCAGGAAAUUGUUCACAUUUUGGGGUAGUUUUUGGAUGAUGGUUUAGAGAGAGUGAUUCAAUGGCUUCGGGCCGGACAGUGUUAGGAUGUAUCUUACUUCUACUUCUUGGGUUUUUGUGGGCACCAAUUUGGAUGUUGACGAAUGGAUCGAAGGAUAGUGUCAACGUGCAUGACUUGUUUGCUGGGGACGAGGUGGAUGCAGGCACCCUUCUGAACCCUUCACAAGAACCUCCCACACAAAGUACAAGUGACCACGCCCCUAAAAGAUUACCAACCGUAGAACUACAAGAAGGACAUGUACAAACCAAGACUUCAGUUUUAUCAAAGAAGAAAAAGAAACCACCCAAGACAUCGACGAGUUAUGAAGUUAAUCCGACUGUAAAAUCAGUGGGGCGCGGGGAUGCGAUUCCAGCGGGGAAAGAGGGAAGCCAUCGGUAUAAUGGUACCGUUCAAACUGUCGGAGUGACGGUAGGAUUGGAGGGUCAGGCUUACGGUAAUACUACCAUGGAUUACGGGGCAAUACAGACAGCAACGACAACCACAAGUGUAUGCAGCCAAAUGACACUUUUACGCAACUCCACUUUCCGCUGGAUUGCCAAGAUAUGCCAGGCGCUGAAAAGGCAACCAGUUUACUUACGAGCGGGGCUCCUUAUUGCAGUGGGCUUGGCUAGUCUACUUGUGACAUUGAUUGCUUAUAAACUGAUGUGCCCCAAAGUGUACAACAGGGAAGGUGUGGAGAAGGUCUACGAUAUGGAAGAUAGUUGGCUCAUAAUUAACUGAAGUCAUUUAUAUUCAGUCAAUUUGUAAAAUUCACUUCAGUGUUGUUAAACUGAAAUGUUAUUAUUAUGGAUGUUAAUUUGAUGUAUUUUUUUUAUGUACAUAUUACUUUAGACAAAAGGUAUAAGGGCAUUAGACUUAGACUCAAUAAUUAUGGUCAUCGAUUCCAUCUAAAUAUUAAUUUACAAAAUGAAACUGCAUUUUUUUAACUGGAAACAUUGGGGUAGGGCGGGGAACAGCCACCCCGCCCACAAAGAGUAAUGGGAUAUUGGAUAAGUGGCAAUCUCUAUUAAUUUUUGUAUGGACAAUUUAAGGUUUUGAUGUUGAGAACUAGUGUGAACAACUGUCAUGUAAAUAUUGUUGUUAUAAAAUAAACAACAGUUCACAAAAAAAUAUACACCAAAACACAAACAACAAAUA